AUGAUCGCAUCAAGAAGCUUGGCUGUAGCCAUGCGGUGCAGGCCAGCUUCAUCGCCAUCGAUCGUCCAUCGAUACGCCCACACGCGCACUCAGAAGGCUCCAGCUGCGCAGCGUCGUGCUGACAAUUGGCUGGACGACGUCGAGCCGCUUCGCAAGCCAGCGGCUGCACGCACCUCACUGGUGCCCUUUGGCCUUCCAGCACCGCGACAGCUCGUAGCUCACCUCGACGACCAUGUAAUUGGGCAAGAGCGUGCCAAGAAAUACCUCGCGGUCGCGCUCUUCAACCAUUACGUCCGGGUUCUGAGCAACGAGGAGAACGACCAAGCAGGUGACUUUGAAGCUGCCAGCGGCUACGUCGGUGAAGACGUCGAUGUCAUUGGCCGCAGGCUUAUUGCCGAGGCUCGACGCAUCUGCGAGCAAGAGGCAUCGGAGACGGGGAUCACCGUUGAGGAGUCAGAUGUCGUCAAGAUGGCGCAACGAGGCAUAGUCUACAUCGACGAGGUAGACAAGCUGGCAGCCAGGCGAGCAGGGAGUGGCGCCGGCGGCGGAGGCACUGCGGCUUCUGGAGGUGGAGGACGCGACAUCGGUGGCGAAGCAGUGCAGCAGGCGCUCCUACGUAUCCUCGAGGGCUGCAUCCUACAAGUCCAAGGUCCAGCCCCACGCCCGGGUUCCAGCUCCCUCAAAUCAUCGCCUCCGUCUAGCUCGCCCAGCAAGGGCAAGGGACGCAGCGCAGCGGAAGCAGGCGUGGCCGGCGGAUCAAGCUCAUCAUCUGAGUCAAGUAUCAACUCUCCGAUGAGCAGCGGCCAGCCAACAACGUACAAUCUCGACACCUCCUCCGUCCUCUUUGUCCUCUCCGGCGCCUUUGUCGGUAUCGAAGACCUUAUCCGACAGCGUCUCGGUAGCAGCGUCGACGCAAGCACGUCGACGUCGACACUCUUGUCGCGUCACCUCGCCGAGGCCGACCUCCUCUCGUACGGCCUCAUCCCCGAAUUUUUGGGUCGCGUCCCUUCCAUCUGCCCUCUGCUCCCCCUCAGUGAAGACGAGAUGGUACGCAUCCUCAUCGAGCCAAGAAACAGCUUGGUCGAGCAGUACCGGUGCCUGUUGGCGCUGAGUGGCGUCGAGCUCAAGGUCACCAAGAAGGGGCUGAGAGAAAUUGCAAAGACGGCCAUGCAUGGGGAGCAGCGCGAGGAGACUGCGACGGGCAAUGUGGACGCAAGCGCCGCUAGCGUAGGUUCUGCGUCCACGACCACGGCUACUGGUGCUCGUGGGCUGCGCGGCAUUCUCGAGUCGCUGCUACUGGAAGUCAUGUUCCUCUCACCAGGCGGCUCAAUACGCUUCGCACUCAUCGACGCAGAUGCGGCCAGUGGGAAGGGAGACGUCAAGGUGUGGAGCAGGGGUGGGCGUGGUGCUUGGCUCAAUGCAUGGGCAGAAGAGGAGGAGGAGGACUCGGCCGGCAGGCUCAGCGGUAGCUCAGUGGCACAGGGCAAGGGGGCAAAAAGGGAGCAAGUACAACGGUCACGGGAUGCCAAGACCUCUUCACGGCCAUCGUCAGCAUCGACAGUAUCUGCUACGCCAACAACAUCGCGCGCAUCACCGCCCUAUCGCUACGAGCGAUACAUCGAUCCCACAUCGCAGAGUCUCAUUGAUGCGGCGGAGAGCGGGGGAAACGAGGGCAGCGCCCCUUCGAGCUCCAACAGCAGCGUCGCUGAUCGACCGUCGCGACCUCGGUUGACAGCGGCGCAGAUUGACGUAGUCGCACGGCGCAAAAGCCGAGCAAGGCUCAACAGACCGAGUAGAGUGGGCAAUGUUCGCGUAUCGUUGGUCGACUAA